UCGGUCAAAUUUUAGUUUUGCGACGUUUUCAGUCAUGGAAGAAGCACUUCUUUGGUCGUUCUAUUGUAUUUGCAUGGCGAUAAAAGGCAGAAAUAAACGAAAAAAUCGAAGAUUAAGAUGGUCGAGGGAAUGGUUAUUAAAAAGACAGGAAUUUUCUCAUGUCAGAUUAUUACGUGAACUUGAACCAGAUCGUAAUUACCUGAGCAUGGACACUGAAACAUACAACCAUUAAUUUGUUAAAAUCUGUUACUCCUUACAUUGAAAGGCAAAAUACCUGUAUGAGAGAAGCCAUUUCAGCUCAUGAGAGACUUAGUGCCACGUUAAGAUUUCUUGCUACAGGAAGAAGCUACAAAGACUUGGAGUUCACCACCAUCAUGUCCAAGCAAUCACUGAGUGAAAUUAUACCGGAAACUUGUGACGUUAUUUACAGGGUUUUAAAAAAGGACUUCCUAAAGGAUAAUAUGUCUGCCUCAAAUAAAACAUCAGAGAUAAGUUUCAUUGCAAAUUUAAGUUGAUCAGGAUGAACUGAUCGAAGUCUAUCAGCGACAUGUUUUCCAAAUCGGUCAUGUGAAUCUUCCUGUAAUAAG